UAAUUUCUUGUGCAGUCACCAUUUAGACAUUACCCGCGCGUGUACACUCACCAUAUACACACACUCGUAUAGACACAAGCUCACCCGUCCGCCUGAGAAUCAUACGAACGGAUAUUUUUUUGCCAUUUAGACACAUACAAAAUCGCAUUUAUUAUAAUUUAUAUAAUAUAAUAAUAACAAUAUUUUAUACACACGCAAUCGUAUCCGAACCGAUUUUUCUUCUAGAAAAGGACGACCGUGAUCCACCGUUGCAGGGCCCAAGUGCGGCCACCAGCCGCCAAAUAUACAGAUUUUCGUGUACACAUGGACUGUCAGUUGGCUUGUUGAAAUGACUUCAUCCAGGCGAAGACUGCAACACUGAAAGGCAUCCGAGAUAUACUCACAAAGACGUGACCUUCAUCUAGGGGUAUAUAUAUUAUAUACUCUGUUUCACCGUUUACAAAAAUUGAUAAACGCUAAAAUAAAUACAUAGAAACUCAAAGUUUUUUCGUCCAUUCCAGUCAAAAUGAUGUCUGCUGAGAUGAAAACGUUUUCGCUGUGUUUCGUAUUACUAUUGGCAAAAAUUUCAUCGUUUGGAUUAGUCAACGGUGAUUCAUCACCAGGACCCGUAUAUGUUAAUCCUGAUACAGUUUAUGAAAAACCUGAACUUAUCGCUUCUCAGGUAGUGUCAUCAGAUUCUCAAAUCACGCAAACAGUGUAUGGAUUUUUGGACUUUACUACAACGAUUGGUAACACUGUUAUGGUUUUUAUGCCACAAAGUGCAUCUAUUUCACCAGGUACUACAGUUGAAGCACCGUCAACUACAGAAGCUACACGCACUACUAUUACAGAAAAACCUGUAACAAAAGAGCAGCUGGAAAUAGAGUCCAUUGAAAUAACUCCUAGUAAACCAGUAAAUUUACCAAUCGAUUCACAAAAUGAAGAAAUAAUUGUGACUUCGAAUGAGCCUUUAAUAACCUCAAAAGAAACAACUACUACUGAACCAAUUACCACAACUGCAAAAGAGCAACCAACAACAAAAAAUACAAUAAAAAAAUCUGAACAAGAAAAAAAAUCAACUGGAACUCCAUUAACAACAAAAAAAACGGUUGCAAAACCAACUACACCAUCGCCUCAAAAACCAAAACCAGUUGGAAUCGCAAAUAAAGAAUCAGCGGUAAGCUCAAAAGUUAUAGUUUUGUCGGGUUCUAAAGUCGUAGAAAAUAUUGUAACUAAAGUAGAAGUUAUUGAGGGAAGUACUCCAGAGCCAUCUAAAGUAGUUGAAAAAGCAAUUUACAGUAAAGUAGAAGUUAUUUCUGGUGAACCGGCCGAAGAGGUGGCCGUAAACCAUUUACAACCGACGCCAGAAUAUGAUUUCCUUUCCCGACAACCAUCAGAAGUUGUGGACGAAACAUUUAAAGUAAUUGAUUUAAAACCUACCAUAUCUAGACACGUACUCGUUCAAAAAAGUCGAGGUCCUGAUGGAAAACUCCGAGCAUUCAACUCAGUAGCAAACUUUAACGCAGAAGAAGAGUCUGUAACAAAUAAGGCACCAAAAAAAGUAGCGGUAAAAAUAUCUCCAUCUGCGUCUGGUGUUCGAAUCCUGAAAACAGCUGCACCAAAACCCUCUACUAGAUCACCAAACGUUGAACCUACUCCAGCUAGCUCUGGGUUGGAUGACGAAUCUCUAGAGUCAUUAGUAGGUUCACAACCCGGUUCAAUCUUAGUUCGACAAUCAAGAAGACCAGCUAUUGUUGGAGGUUUCAAUAAAAACAAGUACACACCUACACCAAAAAGUAAAUCAAAAGAAUUUGAAGAUUAUUCGACAACCGACGAGGAACAAAACGAAUUCACCUCUGCUCAAAAUGAACCUACUACUCCUAGUUACAGAAAAGGAUCUAAAUUCACCUCAAAAAUUACUACUACAACACAGAGAGCUCCCAGUUUUAAACAAAACAGGUUUAAUAGACCAACUACUUCUGAGCCAGAAGUUGAAUCAACUGAAGGAGCUGGUACUCAAAGAAGGUUCCAGCCUAGUGCUAAGCGUUAUGAUAGUAAUACAAAUGCAGCGGUAGUCACACCAGCCAACCGACGAGCUUUUAAAAAACAUUUCCAACAACAAGAACAAUCUCCCCAAUCUAGUCCACAACCCAUUCCAACAGCUCCAUUGACGUUCAAAUCCAAACUCAUACGACCAACUGGACGCUGGGAAUACAAAACUUCUCCCAAACCUCGUGUUACUAUUCGCCGUAUUGAUGAAAACCGCCAUGGACAGGAAAAUGCCACAACACCAUUAACACCACAUUUUCCAGAUGUACAAAUUGACAACGGAGAUCAAGCGUUGGCUGGUUCAGGUUUAUUACCAGCCUUACAACACGAUGAUGACAACGACGUUUUAGUUCAAGACGUGAGCCCGACUGCAAAUGCCGAGACUAUCCGAGUGGAAAUAUCUACUCCAGCUGAAUUCAAAGACAUAUACUACGAAAUUGCCACGAUCAAAUCACCAUACUCAUUCCAAGUGGGUUCUGUUAAAAACACCAGAUUCAUUACGGUAACGUCUACGAUCCAAAAAAGCUUGGUAGAACAGACUGAAAGCCCAGUACCGGCUAGAGUGGAACCACUGUCUGAGAACAUAUUGGCCAGUCAGGCGCCCAACUUGUACGGCCGUGAGCAGCCAAUUGAUUCAAGCCUAGCUACGCUGCCUCCGAUCUCCUUAUCUCCGGACCAAGCCACACCACCACUGGAGACGAUGACUGAGAGCUUUAGUACCACCGAGCUAAUGCUCAAGACACAUAUCCUGCCAGUAGUUCGGGGUACGGACACCAGUAGUGUGACGUUGGUCCAGUCGUAUAAAGUAACCAGGCUGGUUACUGCAGUCAAAACGCUACCACCGAUGGAAGUGUACCAAUUUGUGCCAAGCAAAACACUUAACGAGUUCAAUACACGACUUGACGAAGCCGGAUCAGAACUACAUUUAGAACUCGAAUAUGGUGACAACGGGAACCACGAUGAUGAAUCAUCGCAUCCAAGCGCAGCUAAGGCUUUCCUAGACAGUCUGGACUUGUCAAAUGUUGGUUCAGCGUUCGAUCUAUCACAGAUGGACAAGGUCAAUGGACCACGGUCAAAGAAGGCACAUCGAAUGGCGUCGGCGUCAGGAAACUCAUCUUCGAUCGAACACCCGUCACAUCAGUACCAACAGCAGCUGCAAGCGCCAACUAUGAGCCCUGAACAGCUCCAACAACUGGCUCUAUACAGACUGUUGAAUCCAAACGCGCCCAUACCAGCGCCGGUCAUCACCACUUCCCGACCGGUGUUGCGGUAUGAAACUGUUUUUGAGACCCACGCGUUACCUGUAGUCAACGGUGGUGCCACGUAUUAUACAACGCUCUCACGACCUGUAGGCACAGUUACGAGAACCGAUUAUGAACUGGUCACCACUACGUUGGCUUUACCACAACAACAAUCGCUACCAUUCCCGCCACAGCCCCCACAGCUUCAACCCACGCCAUUGUUCCAGUUCCCGCAAACACCUAUAUUCCCACAGCAGCAGCCCCAGCAGCAGCAGCAGUCUCUGUUCCCGGUUCAACCGACGCUGUUCCCAGCUCAGCCAUCGUUUGCGGUCACGUCUACUCCUGUCAUCACCCAGUCGAUGGUCACACAAACCGAUAGCAAAGUUCUAAAGCUCACGUUUGGUGCCAAGACCGCAUAUACCACCAUCUACUCUAGCUCGGUAGUGCCCACCCAGGUCACGUCGUACGUCACCCAGUCUGUGGCCGUCCAGCCGACCGUUGCGCAGUUUCCCAACUUCAUACCUUACGGUGGCUACCCAUUCUUGGGUUAAAUCACCUAUAUCGGUGCUCGCCGCCGUUGCCCGCGUGCCAUUGUAUAUUAUUAUCUGGAAAACAACGACCGGAAAUCCGUAUGACCCAUUGUCGUGACUUGUAUAUAACUACAUAAUUAUUAUUAUUUUUGAUUUCCAACAAUCGCUCAAUUCUCGUGAAAUCGUAAAGAGGAGCAAAAAAUUAUUAUCGGAGAACCUCGAUUGUGGCCUGAAAAUAUCAAUAUCCCAAUUGUAUUAUAACAUCCCUGAUUUAUAUUGGUAUAUACUAUAUAGAAUAAUACAUUAACGUAUAAAUAAAACAGAGACAACAUAGACAUAAUAUUCUCAAAUUUUUUACACAUAAUUUCAUAAAUAUAAAAUUUUAAAUGUUAGCCAGCCUUAGGAAUCAGUAUAUUAGGCUCAUAAUAGUAUAAUUUUUAAAUAUUUAAAAUUUAAUUGUUUAUAGAUAAAUUAGUAUUAUAUGAAAAUAAAUCUUAAAGUCUAGAAAUAUCUGGCAUUAUUUUUAUUUUUUCAAAUUUGAAAUACACUCAAUGAAGUAUAAAAUAAUGAAUUGAAUUCCUCAUAACAUGUUAUACCUAUUAUUGAAAUAUUUGCAUCAUAUAUUUUUAGUGUGAAUAUAAUACAUUUUAUAUUUUAUAUCAAAAUACGUUAAAAAAAAUUGAGAUAUUUAUUUAGUUUAAAUAACCACUAAAAAUAGAAUUUCUCACCUAAAAUAUACGGGCCUGCAAUUAAGGUCUGAAAAAAUAAAAACGUCACUUUGGGCCGCAAUCGAAACCCAUUAUUAUUAUUUUUUAUUAUUAUUAUUAUUAUUAUUAUUAUGCGUAUCGCGUUGUAAAUAAUAUUAUAUUAUACCUUUAGCUUUUAUAUAUAUUGUAUGAUUAUUGUAUCAGUAAGGAGUAACAGUCGACUCUAAAUAUAUUUGAUUCUGUAGUAUGUAUAUGAAUUGUUUAGUUUCGUCUGUCGUUUUGAUAUAAUUUUUUUUUUCUUAUAUCUUUUUACCUCUUUAACUUAUCAUUGGGAUGUUCAUUGUCAUACCAUUUGCGCGACAAACACUAAACCGAUAAAAAAAAAACCUGAAAAGGCUCUCGACUUGUCAUUGCACGUUGACGACAAUCUGUUGGAUUUAUGAUUCCGUUUUUUUAAUUAUUAAAUCAUGUACGAUAAUUUUUUGUGAAUUUUCGCUCAUUUGGUAUAGAUACCUACAUUUUAUUAUUUUUGAAAAAACAACCAUGAUUAUUAUUAAAGCACACCAUAAGCGAUUUUCCAUUGUAACACAUUUUGUUACGUAUAUUGGCUAUACGUUUACUUGCUCAUUUAUCAUCUGACCGAAAUCGAAGUUUGAAAAUAAGCCAAAAUAUUACGGUGUAUCUUUUCUCCCCGGCUUCAUUCACUUUGAUCCUAUUCCUGGUCGUUUUUUUGGGGUUAAAUAACAAAUAUGGUUACUGGUCAUGAUUAAUUACUAUUUUCCAAUAGAAAAUAAUUUCCAGAAAUAGAGGAUAGUGCCAAAUAUGAAGAGGUCAAAAAAACAAUUUUGAAUAUCAUUAGACUAUUAUUAUGAUAAAACUUAGUUAAUUCUGUUUAAAUCAUAAAUAAUAAUUAAGUGUAAUUAUGUUUUAUUAUAUAUAUAUAUAUAAAUUGUAUUAAUAUGUUUAUUUUUAUACCAUGUAACUAUUUUUUUUUUUUUUUAUGUAAGAGUUAAAUAUUAUUUAGUAAUAAAAUAUUUGUACAGUUUAA